AUGACCGACAACGAACCCCGCGCCUUGGAACAUCCGGACCGGCGACUGGAGGAAGUGGUUUCCAUCCUGAAUGAGCUGAAGGCAGGCCAGCAGCAGAUCAACGCCCGCCUGGACCGUACCAACCAGAGAAUCGACGAAGCCAACGAGCGUUUAGUCCUGGCUUACCAGCGUAUCGAUGAGGCUGCCGACCGCAUAACUCUGGCCAUCCAGCGGGUUGAAGAAACCAACGAACGAAUCGACCAGACCAAUCAGCGCAUCGACCAGGCCACUCAGCAGAUCUCGGAGACCGGCGGCCUGCUCAGCGAGCGCAUUGACCGCACCAAUCAGAGAAUUAACCAGAAUAGCGACCGUGUGGCGGAAGCGGGGGACCGGGUUAACGAGCGAAUCGACCAGACCAACGACCGGAUCUUCCGCGUGUUCUGGGCCGGCUGGGGUAUUGCCGGCGGAAUCACGGUUGCCCUGCUGGGGGUUGUGGCCACGUUGGUGCUGAGGUCUAUCCCCUCGUAG